AUGGGGUUCUUCAAACGGCUACGAGCAAAGACGAAAAGUCGCGGGUCGAAAAAGGAUGUGUAUGGAGAACAAGAGCAGGAUCAGUAUCCUCAGUAUGCGCAGUAUGCGAAGCAGCCGGGAGGGAGCUUUGGUCGGCGGCCGGCGCGAGACUAUACGAAGACGCUGCCGCCGAAUGUGAUGUCGAAUAUCUUCUAUCAAGUAUGUCCGCAUGUGCUGGAUACGUCGCUGACGUCGUCGGAGGAGUCUAUGACGGAGGAUGGGUGUAUGCUGUGCGACAUGCGUGACCUGGCGCAUGCUGCGCUGGUGUGCACUCACUGGUACGGCAUAGCGCAGAAUCUACUAUACCAGCAUAUACGCAUUGAUGCGGUGCACUACUGCGAACUGGAGAUCGAGCUGGCGGCGAAGCGCAAGAAGAACUCGUUUCUCAACCACAAUGCCGAACCGCUGGAUGCGCCGCGGACCCGGCUACUGCUGCUGAUGCGGACGGUGCGCGACUCACGAGCGCUGGGAUCGAUGGUGAAGUCGCUACGGAUGCCGUACAUGACGCGUGAAGCAAGCAAGAGCGAACUUGCACGAACGAUAUCAGUGCUCCCCAACCUCCGCUACGUCGACCUGCCGGCCGGGUUCUUCAGCGACGACGCAUCCUCACAUACUCUGAAACAGGAACUGCUGGCUCGAUGCCCGGACAUCAGACGAAUGAAGUUUGCCAAGGGGUCGGAGAGCAGUUUCUCACGCCUGCCCAAGGUCAAGGGGUGGCCUAACCUGGAGGUGCUGGAGCUUUCGGGGCUGAACAUGGAAACCAACCUGCUGCGUACGCUACUGGGGUACUUUGAGCGCCUUACCGAGCUGAGAUUCGAGGAUAUGCCGUGGUUGGAAGACACGGUGUUUAAGUCCGUGCCUACGCUACCUCCCUUGCCGGCACUGCAGCGCCUCACACUCACGGACACACCGAAGAUAACAAGCCGCGGACUGUCAUGGUAUCUGAACAGCAACCCGCAAACCCGCCAUGCGCUCCGACACUUAUCAAUGGUCAACACGGGCGUGGAACCACAACGACUACAUGAAGUACUGGCCCAGGCACCACUGCUCUCCAGCCUCUCAAUGCAGCAGGAAGUCACACACGAGUUCCCACCGGACUACGUACCGCCGCUGACCUCCAACUCGCUGCGUCUGCUUCACUACGAAAUCACCUCUGAGUACUCGGGAACGGCUUCCUUUGGCGCCCAGGCCCUCUCGACCUCAUACUACACCUACCUCAUGUCCUCGCUGCUGACGGGUUCCCUGCCGAACCUAACAGACCUAUACGUCCGCGACGCCAACUUCCCCGAGACACUGAUGCUGGCCCCCCCACCGCCUGUGUUCGGCGACUCGAGCCGCCAGUCGCAGGCCAACGUGGGCCUGAACCAGGCGCUGGCGGUGUACAGCAAGGGCAUGGACGAGCUGGAGUGGAACUUCACUACGUACCAGCCGUUUGCGGAGGCCGGGAGACGCAUGAGCUCGACGAGGCCGGUGAGUCUGCAUGGCGCGCAGCUGAGUCCGGCGUGGGGAGGAGAGGCGAGGAGGAGCGUGCUGGUUGGGAAUGGGUUUGGGGGCUUUUUGGCUGUGCCUGCGGAGGAGGAGAGACGGCCGAGCACGAGCACGCGGUCGUCGGGAGGGAAGCGAGAGAAGCGAGACCUGUGGCGGUAA